AUGAGCUACCCUGGGGUGCCACCAGGGGGCCCUGAUGUGCUGCCCUGGACACAAGCAGCAGCAACAGGGGAGUUGCAGCAUCCAAAGAAGAAGAAGAAGAAGAAGAAGGUGGCUCCACCACUAGAAGACCCCAUGCAGCAGGAAACAGAAGCAGCAGAACCACAACCUGGGAAAGGGGUCCUGCUACCUGGGAAAGGGAUCGAGGGACCGGAAGAAGAGGUCCAGCUACCUGGGAAAGGGAUCGAGGGACCGGAAGAAGAGGUCGAGCUACACACAGGAGCUCCAGACAUCAAAGCGGCAGCAGCAGCAGCAGAGCCUCAACCAGCAAUAUGGGUGCAGAUAACUGGGAAAGGGGUCCAGCAACCUGGAGAAGAGGCCCAUCUACACACGGGAGCUACAGACAUGAUGGAGAGGACUAUGUGUGAAGUUGCAGAAGUGAUGGGAUAUUUGAAGUGUACCAAACUAAAAUAUCAAAAUAUCUUUACAGCUAAUAGAAAAGUCCCCCUCUCAGAUCUACUGUCUGUGUUGGGCCUGAGGGAUCUGCAGGGAGGGAAGCUCACUCUCAGCUCAUUCCUGGAGAUCAACAACUACAACUACACAGUGUCCGAUACACCGCAAGUUCUGCAUCAACUACCAUGGACUUUCUUAGAGAAACUCAUGAUGUCCAAUUUAAAUGCAAGAAAUAUACAAUGUGACCAACCAAUGUAUAGAUCUAGUUUUACUCAUGAUACUGAAUAUUCUGAUGUUGUGAAUCCUCUAGAUUUGAUCACUGCCCUUUUCCACUGUGCCGAUCCUUUUCUCCAACAGGAAAUGGUUUCCAAAAUGUCUGUGUGUCAGUUUGCUGUUCCUUUACUACUGCCAAACUGUGACACAAAGAAGAGUACACUGAUGCUGUGGGCCAUGAGAGAUAUAGUUAAAAACUACAAACCUCAUUCUUCAUCAAGUGAUGGGAAAUUUGUAGAGGGCAGAAUUAUUGAAAUGAAUAUUCCCAUGGUGUCUUUUGUUAGGGUAAGCAAGAGUAGUUUGUCUAAAUCUCAAACUCUGAACAGCUUGAUGAGUAGUCUUUCUCAGCACAAUGAAGCAUUUAUACACCGUGACACAGAGUGUGGUGAUGUGCCGAGGAAGAUAUCAAAUGGAUUGGUUGAAGUCAGCUGGUAUCUGCCCUCUGGGAAUAAAAACAUCGACAUAUUCACACAGCCAGUCGCCAUGGCCAACCUGAGAGGAGACAGCAGGUUGUUUGAAACUCAGGUGUCAUUCCUGUGUCAGACCUCAGCUGCAGUCUUCAUCUUCAGUGAUGACCUAGAGGUUGACUUCAGUCCUUUCACCAACCUGCAGGCAGAGCUGUUUCUGGUCAGCAACUCUCAGAAUAAGAAUUAUAAUGUGGAGAAACUCAAGGAGGAGUGCCGAAAAUACAACAGAAAUAAUCAGAAAAAUAAUAGAAUAACUGAAAUAAUCAGAAACAAACAAAAUAAGCAUGAAUUUGUCAACAUGUUGCGUUUCUAUGUGAAGGGCAUUGUUGAAAAUGAAUGUGUUAAAACCAAUAUGUUUAAUUUGGAAGAUCUAGCUAGAGAUUGUGACAUAUUUGUAGAUCAUGACUUCAGUGGAUGCAGAAAUGGCAAAAAAAGUGCGGAAGAAAUUAGUGCAAUGGUGAAGGAUGUUGUGUCAUUUAAAGAGGAGCAGCUGCCUUUGCAUGGAACCAUCUGGAAGGAAAUUAGUCAGUUAGAGAAAGAGAGAUGCAGAUUGAAAAAUGCCAACAAAGAGCAAGGCAUAGAACAUUACAAGGCUUCACUGACAAUUCAAGAACAGAAACUGAGACAAAAACAGCAGCGGUAUGAUCUAUCACAUGCUAUGGCCAAAUUUAUUGCUGGAAUCUCACAACCAAAUGCAGAAUGUCUGUACUUCCUGAAGUGGCUGAAGAUGGGUCUAGACACCCUAACCAGACAUGAUUUGGUCACACUGAGACAGCAGUACAAAGACUGCUGCAACCAGAAUCCACAGAACAAGGAGCUGAUUAAAAAGUUAGAUGAGGAGAUCUCCAACUGCUCUUUGGGUCCUGAGCACUUCUUCCGAGAGUUAGGGCAGAUCUAUGAGUGUGCUUGCUGCCUUCCACAAGAUGACCCAGCCAGAGAGCAAGUCCAGCACCUGCCACGUCUGUGUGCCCAGAUGCUGCUAGAUGGAUUUCCAGUGGAGCUGGUGGAUGGAGAUGCCUCAAACAUCCCAAUGAAGUGGAUAUCAGCUGUCCUGACUGAGCUGCAUCGACUGGUGAAUAACAAGAGCAGGAUCCUGGUGUUGACUGUGCUGGGGGUGCAGAGCACUGGGAAGUCCACCCUUCUCAACACCAUGUUUGGGGUGCAGUUUGCUGUCAGCAGUGGACGAUGCACCAGAGGAGCCUUCAUGCUGCUGAUGAAGGUCUCUGAAGAACUCAGAGCUGAACUACAGUGUGACUUCAUCAUGGUCAUCGACACAGAGGGCCUAAAGUCACCCGAAAUGGCAUCACUGGACAUAAGUUACGAACAUGACAAUGAGCUAGCAACCCUAGUGAUAGGGCUCAGUGACAUCACCAUGAUCAAUGUUGGACUGGAGAACAUCACAGAGAUGAAAGACGUUCUACAGAUUGCAGUCCAUGCCUUUCUUAGGAUGAAGGAGGUUGGGAAGAAGCCCAGGUGUGUGUUUGUGCAUCAGAAUGUGUCAGACAUGUCUGCUCAUGAUAAAAACAUGAGAGAUCGGAAUAAGCUGGUGGAGCAGCUCAAUGAGAUGACUCAGACAGCAGCUAAGAUGGAGAAGAAAGAAGCCAACACAAAGUUCACCGAUGUGAUGAAAUAUGAUCUUGAUAAAGACUGCUACUACAUCCCUGGACUUUGGCAUGGGACUCCUCCAAUGGCACCAGUGAGUCAUGGCUACAGUGAAGCUGUUUAUGAACUAAAGAAGAGUUUGAUCCACCUCUUAAAACAUGACAAUACACAAUGUAAUUAUGCAAUAGAGUUCCUGAAGUUGGCCAACAGUUUGUGGAAUGCAGUGAAAUUUGAGAACUUUAUCUUCAACUUUAAAAACAGUUUAGCGGCUGAUGCCUACUUGGAUUUAUGCACUCAUUACAACAACUGGGAGUGGACAUUCCAAUCAGAGAUGAACAAAUGGCUUGUUAGUAAAGAAAUAAUGAUAUCCAAUUUUGGAAUGACAAGAAAGAAUGUUGAAAUUAGUCAAUUACAGACUAUACUGAAAGAUGUGUUGGACGAAGUUUCAAAGAAACUGCAUGAGGAAGAGCAGGAAAUCUUGAACAACCUUAAACAAUACUUCAUGAACAAGGACAGUAAAGUUGGUUUAGUUGAGAAAUACAGACAAGAUUUCAAAAACAGUGUGAAUGCCCUUACGCAAUAUACAGCACAUUCUGUAAGAAAGCGUUUGGAGCAGGCCAUUUUAAUCAGGAGUGAGAUGGAAAAGGUGGCUUCAAUCAAGAACAAGCAAACAGAUAUCAUUGAGACCAAGGUUAUGGAUCUGAUAAAACGCUGUAGGGAAAAGGCUGCUGCGUUAUCUAAAGGAGACCUCAGCAUAGAAUUUGACAAAAUGUGGAGCGAUAUCAUGCCUGAACUGUCAAAUUUCAAACUACAACAGACCGAUGUUCAUCAGAAUGCUUACUAUAUAUUGAAGGGAAAUUUAAGUGAGAAGGGUGGACAUGUCUCUGAAAUGCUGAGCAAGGUCAAAUUGAGAACUUGUGGACAGGGGGAAUUCACUGUUAAAGCAGACUGGUUGUCGAUCUGGACAGAUGUAAAUGCAGAAACAACACAGCAUGUUAUAAAAAGACAAGCGGUCUGUGAUCACUUCAUUACAGAAUGCCGCAAUCUUAUUGGACAUCACAUAGAUGUUAUGAAGAGUAAGAACACCGAUUACAAUGACACGUACAUCAAAGAGCUUCUCAGGACAAUCGAUGACCAGAAACUUCUUUCGAAUGAGUGUGAAGCUAGUCUUAAGUUUUAUGUUAUUGGUUUUGCAGCACAUGACUUCCAGAAAGCACACAAUGAGUUUAGGUCCCACAAUGAUCCGCAGGAACAUCUAGAAAGUUCUAAAAGCACAUUCUGGGAAAUUUUUUUAGCAUUAUUUAAUGAAAAAGACCUGUGUUUGAAGAAAGCUCAAGAGUUCACAAAAACAUGUGUGAAGCCAGCAGUCCAGGACUACGUGUCUAGAUACCUCGUCCUCAUGAUAACAGAUGAAAUGAAGACAGGGGAUGAGGCGGUGAAAUUCAACACAAGGAUCAAUUUCCAGUUUGCCAUUUUAAAACAACUGCUAGAGGAACAUUCAUUUGAGAAGUAUAAAAGCUACACAACAUCAUAUGAGCCAUUUGUGAAGGACUGGAUAAAGCAACAGAUCAUCAAGAGAAUGUCUACAUCUGGACAGCUGCCUCAACUGGAGAAACAGCUCCUUUCUGAUAUUGUGAGCAAAAUAAAUCAGGUAAUAACCAGCUCUGAGGAGAAUAACAGGUCUGCCGGGGGAAAGGAUAUAAAGGCGUUCAUCCAACAGUUCUGCUCUUCCCUUCAGGAUAAGCUGGUCAUCCCAAGAGAUGCCUUAGACAUCUUUAUGAUUCUUAUCAGUGUCGACACAGAGCAGUUUUCCUUCUACCUCAAAGAGUUCAUCAAGGACAUGGAAGAGUCUUUAGUACAGGACUAUGACAGGAGAUCAAACAGUUCCCAUAUCACUGAGAGAAUUGAGCAGCUGCCCUCUAAACCCGAUGAUCUGCUCUUCUCCAGUGUGUGUGGAUGUGGACAUCAGUGUCCUUUCUGUGGGGCUCCCUGUGAAGCAGGAGGGCAGGGCCACACCACACACUUCUCCAGUAUGCACAGACCCAAAGCCUUUGGGCGCUACAUCGGCCUAUGGCAUGAUUCAAAACAACUGGAUACAAACGUAUGCACCACUUCAGUCAUCAGCGAUCAUAAAUUUAAGAAUUCAAAAACAAAAGGAGAAUAUCACCCAUAUAAGGAGUACAGAGCGCUCUAUCCAGAGUGGGAAAUAGCAGGAGAUGCCAGUGUUGAGGCCUCAGACUACUGGAAAUAUGUGAUGAUGAAGUUCAACAAGGAACUGGCUGAAGCUCACAAAGCAGAACCUGCAGACAUCCCAGAGGAGUGGAAGACGCUGACACAGGAAGAUGCACUGACAGCCCUGAAGAAAGCAUUUAACAUUAGAGUGACCAGCUUUUUGUAGUCUGAAACCGGGACACUUCGUGUAUGACUGAAAGACAAUAUUUGGCGGGCGGGUCUGGGGGUCCUCCCCCAGGAAAAUGUGUACUUUUUAGAUGACAUUUCCUGCAUUCUAAUUAAUUUUAGAGGGAGGAAUGACUAACGCAACUGACUCCUUCAGACUUUCUAUACAAGCGCUGGCUUUUCCAUAUAUUUACCCCGAUAGAUAUGGCGCAAUGUAGUGGGUGGUCAAAACCGGGACAUAUUUGUGUCCCGAGAGGGUUUGCUCGGGACCUAGGACACACAACUCCAAACCGGGACUGUCCCGGUCAAACGGGACGUCUGGUCACCCUAUUUAACAUAGAAUAUUGGUAGCUGUAUACUAAUACGUGUAAAAAUAGUUUCUGAUAAUUCCCAUUUCAAAUAAAUGCAGUUUUGUAAGUAAAGAUGUUGAGGCCAGGCAGGAUCUAUUGUGAUAACAAGUUUGGUGGAAGCUCACAGAACAGGAUGCACUGACAAGCCUAAAGAAGGCCUUCAACAUGAAAUAGUAUAGGAACACAAUAGUUUUGCCA